UCCUUGGCGUGGCAGCUAGGCAGGCAGUAUGCAUAAAGUUGGCCAAGUGAGAGAGGGAGUUGCCCCGUGCAGUUUUAUUCUAACAUUCUUCUAUCAGUCGUACGAGAAGACAAGAACAACCAGCCGCCAGAGUUUGAUUAAACGACCGCUGGAUAGUUUCGCGUAAAUAGGCUAGUCAGUAACUUAAUACUUGAGAGCUGAAAACCUGGUGGUGUCUGGAAGUUUAACAGUUGGUUAAAGUAGAAGGCAAGGCUGCUAAACCGGCUGAGGGUGAAAGGGCUACAUCACGCACAUGAGAGAUAGGACGCUGCUUCCCAGAGGAGGGUUAUAUGAAUGUUGAUGUCGGCAUCCACAGAGACAACACGGCUCCAUGGGCCUCUCUACCUGUCCGGAACCCCACCCAUUGUAUCCGAGAGAGAAUGAAACCCAAUGAGAACGGCCUCGUCGACGCCCCCACGGACAUACAGCCCCCGACAGACUCUAUAGAAGCCCAGCUAGACUUCUUCCGCAAGCUAGGCUACUCCCCGGCACAGGUGUGCUCCGUGCUUCUGAAGCUUGGCGCUAACCCGGACACCAACAUGAUCCUCGGGGAGCUAGUACAGAGCGGAGCCGGCCCAGACGGGAGUGAGCGACUCCUGACGCCGACUGGCCCUCCAUCUCAGGCGAACAGCCCAGCCAAGACCCCCAGCAGCCGGCCAGCCAGCCCGGCUUCCAGCCACAAGGAGCCCUGCGAGAAGGAAGAUGCCCUACGACCUAUUGUAAUAGACGGCAGCAACGUAGCCAUGAGCCAUGGGAACAAGGAAGUGUUCUCUUGUCUGGGGAUCCAGCUGGCGGUGAACUUCUUCCUGCUCAGAGGCCACUCUGACAUUAAGGUGUUUGUUCCAUCAUGGAGGAAGGAGCAGCCCAGGCCAGAUGUCCCCAUCACAGAUCAACCAAUCCUGCGAGAGCUGGAGAGGAAAAAGAUCCUGGUGUUCACGCCAUCUCGGCGUGUUGCUGGGAAACGGGUGGUCUGCUACGAUGAUCGCUUCAUCGUCAAGCUGGCCUACGACUCCGACGGCAUCAUUGUGUCCAACGACACGUACCGCGACCUGCAGGGGGAGAAACCGGAGUGGAAGCGCUUCAUAGAGGAACGCCUGCUGAUGUUCUCCUUCGUCAACGACAAGUUCAUGCCGCCUGAUGACCCCCUGGGACGUCACGGCCCAACUCUGGACAACUUCCUCAGGAAGGUUCCUGUCUUGGCACGGAAACAGCAGUGUCCCUAUGGGAAAAAAUGCACCUACGGUAUAAAGUGUAAAUUCUACCACCCAGAGCGAGCUAACCAGUCCAGACGGUCUCUGGCUGACGAGCUGAGAGAGAAGGCCAUGGUGUCUUCCCCCUCCCCUGGGCAGACAACGGCAGGGCCUGGGCCGGGCACUGCUCCGUCUCUGGAGGAGGGCGUUACCCUGGAACAGAGUCCAGACUCCUUCAAGAAAGGCCACACCAAUGAAAAUGUGGUUCUUGUGAAAGGAAACCAUCGCUCCAACAAGAAGCCUGGUUCUAGGAGAGAGAGAUCCGGCCCGCAGGCCCAGGCUGAACUGGAUGCCAGCGGCCCCCAGGAGUGUCUGGACUCUGGGCUGGGCUCCUUCGAGAGCCAGGCGUCCUGGGAGCACGGCGAGCGCGGUGGGGCUGGCUACCAGAGCCUGCGGUCCUGUCACAGUGGAAGGCACAGGUUAAUAGCCUGUAGCAGCAGGCUAUUAACAGCAGCAGCUGCAGGCCCAACCUGCAGCUGCUGCUGCCCGACCAGCCCAGCCUGCAGCUGCUGCUGCCCGGUCAGCCUGGUCAGCCUGGGGAGCAGCGCCGGGCUGCAGCACCACAUCCAGCUGUACCAAAGCAGGGGACCUGCUGCUCCGUACAGCCCAGAUGUGACCCACUGUCCCCCUCAGCACACCCGUUUCAAGGCCCCCGCGUAUCCAGGUGGCAUGCACACAUACAGCCACCCAAACAACUUCCAUCUCAGCACCCCCCCACAGCAGGCCUAUUGGUCUGACCCGUACGGUGCCUACCCCCGAGCUCUCGGCGGCUCUGUUGGGGAGCAGGCAGCCUGGGGGCCGCCCCACAACAGCCAGCCCAGUCCUUCCAGGGAGGAGAGAGGCUGGGGGCCACCCCCUAACCCCCCCAGGGAGGACAGGAUGGCUGUCAAGAAGAAGCUUCUGGCCAUUUUUAACGGACAUCUUGUGAACAGAGUCAUGGACAUGUUCCCUCAGUUGAUGGACCCUCAGAAGCUAGCUGCUGAGAUCCUGUCCCUGCAGUCUCAGGGCCUGUAACAGCUGAGAUCCUCUCCCUGCAGUCUCAGGGCCUGUAACAGCUGAGAUCCUGUCCCUGCAGUCUCAGGGCCUGUAACAGCUGAGAUCCUGUCCCUGCAGUCUCAGGGCCUGUAACAGAUGAGAUCCUGUCCCUGCAGUCUCAGGGCCUGUAACAGCUGAGAUCCUGUCCCUGCAGUCUCAGGGCCUGUAACAGCUGAGAUCCUGUCCCUGCAGUCUCAGGGCCUGUAACAGCUGAGAUCCUGUCCCUGCAGUCUCAGGGCCUGUAACAGAUGAGAUCCUCUCCCUCCCUGCAGUCUCAGGGCCUAACCCUUACCCUCCCUGCAGUCUCAGGGCCUAACCCUUACCCUCCCUGCAGUCUUUCUGCUGUAACAGAGUCUGUGAGAACUACAGAAAUCCAGCUUUCUUUCAGUUGAAAGAAUUAUGGCUUUAAAGACGACAGGAUUUGAAAAGAAUCUUCUUGCCAAACUUUUUUUGGACCAGGAACUAGUUUAAAAACUGCCUUAAUGAAGAUGUAAAAUCUGUGGCAGUGGAUUGUUGAUGCAAAUUGUGUCCUUUUCUACAUGUUUAUUGAAAACGUUGUGUAAUUAUGGUUAUUAGUAUUAUUGAAAUGCUUAGAAAAGGUCACCAAGGUUGCCUUUGUUGAAACAUUUAAUAAUGUGGUGUUUAAUUGGCACUGUGUGCCUUUCCAAAGCUCACUACCUGGUCACGUAUGAUACAGUAAAAGCCCUGAGGGUCUGACGGGCUCAUUUAUAACUUUAUUAAAGACAAAGAAACAUGUGUUUUAAGCAUUUAAAAGGUUUCGUCAAGGUUGGAAUUCUAAACAACUUGUCUAGUGGUGAGUACAUGUUGUUUGAAGUACAGCGACACUUUCUACAAUAGGUGAAAGCUUGCCGUGUUUCCUAGUCAGUGCAGAAAUACAUUUUGGGUUGUGUGGUAGAGUUGUGAUGUCUAACCUAAAGCCCCAUAUAAAAUGCGGUUUUUGUUUUUACUUUAUUUUUUCACUGUCGUGUUAUUUAAUAAUAUACUGUAAAACCACAGUAUUGUGUUGGUUUAUGAUGGUAAUGAAAAGCUAAAAAUAUGUAAUAGUUCAUAUUGAUGUUGUCAAAAACAUUUUCUUAGUAGGACCCAACUAACUGUACCAGCGGUUUAUGGCUUAAGCUAUACCUGCAAAAUGUUACCUGCAUAAAUGAACAGUACACUCACAGCACCAGUGCAGACCUGCACACCUGGGCAGACUACCACACCUAUGCAAACAACAAAAAUCAUUGUCUACCAUUGAGUGUGAUUCGACAAGAUAUGGUGAGUUUUUGGAGAAGUAUGUUAAUUGCACGCCUGAAGGAAAACAAUUUCCUAGAAUGAGUCCAACGCCUUCUAGGAAAUGGUUCCCCUCAGGUGUGUGCACAAUUGUGCACAUUUAAACCAGACAUUAGCCAGGUGAGUCUGCAAACUCUACUAAGCUCUAUGGUGCAUAGGCUACAUUAAUUUCUAUUUAAAGCAUGUGCUUUUUUUAACAAACAAUAGCCUAUUUUAAAGCUCCUUUCGACAAAACUUUCUGCAGAAAAAGGUUUUCAGUGUCCUGAGACCAGGCGUUACACGUACUGGUUUAUGUGAAUGUUCCGUAUACAAAAUGUCAGAUAUAAAAAUAAGAGCAAAACAAAUAAAGAGAUUAAAUCAAA